AUGAGGGACAAAAGAAGGCCUUUUGGCACCUGCCUGGAAAAAGUGAAGUGGGAGAGAGGAGCUGACUUGAUCAAACCAUUAUCUAGCCUUAAGAAAAGAAUGCAGGAGGAGAGCCCAUGUCCAGCAGACAUACCUUCCUGGAUGAAUAAACCUGGAAAUCCACAGACUGAGACAAUAUCAUUGGAAAUGAAAAGUGAUCUGAGAGGGGCUGAUGUCUUGCUUCACAAUGGCAACAAAGUGCUUCUUCCAUAUUUAAAAGAAUCAGUAAGAAGAAAUUCAGAUUCAGCAGCCACUCCAAGCAAAGCCAUGGGUCUGUUCUCUGUUCCUGCAGAAGAGCACUUAGCUGGAGUGUCCUGUGGUGUUGCAGAAGCUCUGGGGAGGGACUGGCUGGGAAGAGAGCCCAGAGCCAUGGGCAGCCACAGAGGACAGUGCUCCAAAGGAGAGUUUGGGUUGUCAGGACUGCCAUGCCAUCAAGAACUGUUGGGAAUGGAAAUUAACAAGGAUGACCCACCAAGUGCUUUUCCUGAGGGCCUGGGCUCUGAGUUAGAACCAUCUUGCCUGCGUUCUGUCCUGUCUGUGGUACUGCACACGUGUCCUGAAGUACUCCUGAAUGAUGAGACAAAACACAUUUUCCUUGAACAUUUAAAACCCAUGUUUUCAAAGCAAACAAUAGAAUAUAAGAAAAUGCUUUCAAGUGUAGAAAGUACCUCAAGUGGUCUGCAGAUAACACAGGGGUUACUGGCUCUAUGACCUUUUGAAUUAGCAGAUGCAUUAUGCCAUAGUUAAGGUACAAGCAGAACAAUAAAAAUAGAUUAAUUUUAAAAGUUGUUUUAGAAUGAUUUCUUUCACAUUAAAUCUGUAUGGAGAGUGGCGCCUGUGGCUCAAAGGGGUAGGGCACCAGCCGGAGGUGGCAGGUUCAAACCCAGCCCCGGCCAAAAACUAAAUCUGUAUGGAAACCAUGCAACCCUCAAGUUCCUGCUUUGGUUUGUAUGACCAAAGUAAGUUGAGCUUUAACUUGGAGGAAACUAGUUGAUGAAGAAGAAAAUUUUGUAGCUUGUUUUAAAUUGUGCUUGAAAGACAUUCAGGAUUGGGAUACCAUUUAGGAGAGUGUUGACAUAGCCUGUAUAAAUAUCAGAUUAGAACAUUCUGAUUUAACGUGAAGUUCUCUACUUAUCUUCAGUACCCAUUCUUGAAGGGCUACUGUCUCACAUGCUAUAUGUCUCCUCCACUUGUCUUUGAUCACCUAGUGUAAGUGGAUAUUUGUAAAAUCUACCCCCCUGUGCUGUUAUUAGGCCUUGAUGAGUUUUUGGUAAGCUGUUAUCAUUUCUGCAUUUUGUGGACUGAUUUUAAUUUCCUGUCUUUCUCACACCCCUUUCCUUCCUCUUAAAAUGCCGUUUAGAUGGCGGUCCUCUGGUGAAAGUUGCAAUAUUAAACUUUAGAAUAAUCCUUUCUCAAACUAGGAACCCAAGCAGUGUUACCUUAAAUAAAAAGGAGCUUGAUACUAUUUGAUAUAGCUCAGUUAUAGAGAGGCAAAUCAAGUACUUCCCUUAUAAAAAUUUCCCAUGUUCUAGGAAUUGAGGUAUCUUUUACACUUAAGAUUUUUCUGAGGUAACUCCUUUAUUUUGUUGAUAACUUUAAUAAAGGUCAUUUGAGUAUAUAUGUUUUUAAGGACUCCCAAAGGGAGACUUAACUAUUGACUGCAUAUAUCAUUUUAUAUUGUGUGCUAAAUUACUAUGCUGUGCGCUAUUUUAGUGAUUUGGGAAAAUGAAAAGUAAAAUUUGUUCUUUAGUAUAAUAAAUAAUCUUAAAUUUUA